AUGGUCCAACAAGUGCAAUCCAUCUUGCAAGAUGAGAAAUUAAAACACUACGUUUGUCCCGAGAAAAUUCCAGUUACACGAUUGGAGCUUGAAGAGGCUUGGAAUGCUCUCACUGAUGAUCAAAAAUUAUAUGCUCACUACUUCUCUCGGGCAGCCAUUGCUGGAACACCUAUUGUUCUUCAUCAAGUUUCGGAGGAGAGUCCUGAUAUUUAUCGGUUACUCUGUUUGCUUUUUGAAGGAGGAGCUGAAGCAAGUGGAUUGAAAGAAAAGUCGUUGAAGGCUGGAGUUUCUGAACAUGAUUAUGAGGCUGUUAUUAAUUAUGCAGUUUCAUUCUUUGGAAAUAUGGGUAAUUAUUUGAGUUUUGGGGACAGUAAAUUCAUUCCAAGAUGUGAACCCGAGGAGUUUGAAAAGGUAGUUAAGGCAAGUGAGAAUCAACAAGCUAUUGAGCUUUUUGAAAAGAUCAAAAAUGCCAUGUACAGUUUGGAGAGCAAUGUGCUGGAAUUGGGGUUUGGAAACUCGACCUAUUACACUAGAGACGUCACAGAACAAGAGGCAGAGUUGGUAAAGACGUUUAUGGAACAACAACAAAUUCAUAUUGAACACACAAGACUAUUCAAGACUGGUGACAAGAAAUUUGAGCUCAAGACCGCAAGUGCAAAACCAAAAGAUCCAACCACUCACACUUUCCAAGAUCUUACCAUUACUGUUACAUAUGGUGACUUUAGUAAGCAGAUGGCGAAUAUUCGUGACAACUUGGAAAAGGCUUUGCCAUUUGCUGCGAACGAGCACCAAAAAGAAAUGUUGAGAAAGUAUACUCAAUUCUUUGACUCGGGCAAUGGUCAAGAUUUCUUAGAUUCUCAAAUUUCUUGGGUCAAGGAUAAGGGACCAAUUAUUGAGACAAAUAUUGGAUACAUUGAAUCUUAUAGAGACCCUUUGAGAGUAAGAGCUGAAUUUGAGGGAUUCGUCGCUGUCGUGAACAAGGUUGCAAGUCAAAAAGCUCAAACAAUUGUAGACAAUGCUGAAAAAUUCAUUGCACGAUUACCAUGGAAUGAAGACAGCACAAACGGUGACAGAAAACCAUUCGAAGUUUCAAAAUUUACAAAACCUGACUUUACAAGUCUGGAAGUCAUUACAUUCACAAGCUCUGGUCUCCCAGCUGGAAUCAACAUUCCAAACUCCUUCAACAUUCGAGACCAACAUGGUUUCAAGAACGUUUCGUUGGGGAAUGUUUUAGGUGCUCCAGUUGCUGCUGGUGAGGAAAUUACAUUUUUAAAUGAGGAAGAUAAGAAAAUUUACACUGAUUACAAAGGUAAAUCAUUCGAAGUUCAAGUCAUUCUUCAUGAACUUUUGGGUCACGGAAGCGGUUCCUUAUUGAAAGAAUCUGACAUUGCCAAUGUCAUUAAUCCAAUCACUAAACAGCCUGUGACUACAUUCUACAAACCUGGAGAGAACUUCAAUUCUGUCAUUGGUGAAAUUAGUAACGCCUAUGAAGAAUGUCGAGCUGAGUGUGUUGGCAUUUACUUGUGUUUGGAUCGUGAAAUUCUAAAGAUUUGUGGAUUUGAAGGAGAAGAAGCUGAUAAAAUCAUUUAUGUGAAUUGGCUUAAUAUGGUGAGAGCAGGAUUAAUGGGUUUGCAAUUUUAUAAUCCUGAUACAGGCGCUUGGCUCCAAGCUCACAUGCGUGCUCGUUAUUCCAUUCUUAGAGUUCUUCUUGAAGCUGGAAAUGGUCUGGUUGAAAUUAAGCAAUUAGAUAAUGAUUUACAGCUCUCUUUGGACAAGACCAAGAUUGAAACAGUUGGAAAGAAGGCCAUUUAUGAUUAUCUUUUGAAGAUUAACGUCUACAAGUCCAUCGGUGACAAGAAUGCAGCAACGGAACUUUUCAACAAGUACACCUCAGUACCUGAAGACUUUGUGAAAAUGAGAAAGAUUGUAUUAGACAAGAAACAACCAAGAAAAGUAUUUAUUCAGCCUCACACCACUCUCUCUGAGGAUGGAAAGACAGUUCAGCUGGUCAAUUAUCCAAUCUCAAGCUCUAGCAUGAUUGAUGCAUUUGUUGCUCAAUCCAAGUUUGUUCAACAAUAA